GCCGGUGAGUUGGUGUGCGAUAGUGAGGUUUAGAGCCGUUUGUCCUCAAGGCUUUUCUAUAAGCAACACGUUUAUCAGCACCCUGAAUUCCUGCACUUAUUAGCACCUGGGUGCGACAGUUUAGGUUUAUCAAGGUACGGCAUCUUCAGGAAUUCCAUUGUUACUUGCCCGAAUAUAAAGGAUACAAGCUGCUGAUGUGACAGGCCACCAAAAAAAUGUUCAUUAAACCAUUCGUACUUUUGGCCGGUAGCUUGUCGAUUUUCGCAUACCCAAACCCAGGUUUUGCAGCCAAACGAAGCGAUACUCAAUCAUGUUCAGCAUUUAUGGCCAACCCGUCAUCGACCUACUCUUGUGAAAAUUCCACGACGGUGACUUCCAACAGCUGCUGUUUUGAACGAGCUGGUCUCAUGUUGCAUACCCAGUUCUGGGAUUACGACCCAGACAAACUUAGCAGUGCUAAAAAACGGGACUUGGGAUAUCUGCCGGUACACAGAAACAAGAAACGCAGCGGAGCUCCAAGCAGUUCGUACCCCAUUAACAAGUCGUUCACGAUCCACGGGUUGUGGUCUGAUUACUGUGCUACCAGUUCGGGUAAACUGGCAGGGUAUCCUGCGAGCUGUGAUGCUGAUUUGGCGGUGCCCGACUCUGUCAACCUCUCUGACUUGAUUGCCAACCAGUUCAACAAACCGGACUUGUACCAGUUGAUGAAGACGUACUGGGUUAACACCGAGUCCUCGAAUGUAGCAGGCGAUUCAGAUGAAGAAUUGUGGGCUCAUGAGUAUAACAAACAUGGAACUUGUAUGAACACAGUUCGGCCUGAGUGCUUCACGGGAGUCUACAAACAGUAUGAUGCAGCGGUUGAGUUCUGGCAGAAAGUUACGAAGGUGUGGGACGGGUUGAAUACCUACGAAUUUUUAGAGCUGGCAAGUAUUGUGCCUACCACCGAUAACACCUAUGAAUUGGUGGACAUCAAGAGUGCAUUACAGGAGGCAUUUGGAAAGGAUGUUUAUGUUUCGUGCAAAGACGGUGCAUUAAACGAGAUCUGGUACUAUUACCACGUUAAGGGGUCUAUUUUGACGGGGGAUUAUAAGCCGGUGGAUAAGAUUGGCAGUGACCGGUGUCCCGACGAGGUGUACUAUAUUCCCAAGUAGCACAGCAAAGGUGUAUAUGUAUCAUAGCAAAGGUGUAUUAAGUGUAGCACAAGUCAAUUGAGUGUAUUUUUGAUACACAAAAGCAUUUAUUACAAUACACAUUGUGUAGAUCUGAGUCAUCAAUACAUCAGCUGCAUACUUAGAUAUUCACUACUUAGUUAGCUAAACCAAUAACUCCACAAGCAGCUCUGCCCCCUGCGUUACCGGUGGUCUUGGAGAGUUCGUGAGCACCCUUACCCAAGUCAUCGACACCAUCGUGAACAACAACACUCCUUCCGAUAAUGUGGUUGUUACCAAUCAACUUAAGCAACAAAUCUUGCUUGGUACCCUUGGCAACACCCUCAGAGUCGGUGGUGAUGUUACCCAAGUCACCCACAUGUCUUUCAUCGUCUUCGGGGGCACCAUGGGUCUUGGUGAAUGGGUUGAAGUGAGGACCGGCAGAGGUACAACCGUUGGUGUUGUCACCAAAGGCAUGGACGUGGAAGCCUCUCAAAGCGUUUGGUUGGUUACCGGUGAUUUCCCAGGAAAUGGUGGUAGGUUCAGACUCGGAGGCUUGUUCAAAGUGAACCACUCCGGUGACUUUGGCGUCACCUCUCAAUACAGCAACUGCUUUAACCAUUUUUAAUUGAUGUUGUACGUAGAAAAAUAAAUCGAGGCCGACGCCCCUUAUAUAGUUGCCCAAUUGCCGGCGGUGUGGCUUACAAAUUCUUCAUCAAAUCAGAAGCGGGGGCCACGCACGACCGAUUUCCCAGCUUCACCAAUAUGGCAACUGCUUUCUUAUAUACUUGUGAGCCACCACCCUUGUAGUUAUCGACUCCGUGAUACUUGUAGUUAUUGACUCGCUGGUGGUGACACAGGGCUACCAGGUGGUCCGUGAUCGUCCCUGGGAAGAAUAGCACCUGGGAGAGGCUUUUUCUUGCUAGCCUUGGGCGGUGGCGGCACUGGCGGCACCGUAUCGAUCAAGUAGAACACGUACCCGGUGGCGACAAUUAUCAAUGCGGUAUACAUCAACGUGCCCUUGUCCCUGAGCCGGUGUAAAAAACGAUCUAUGACUGUCAUUACUUGCAAGUAAAAAAGACUGAUGCGCAACUGAGGAGGAGUGGCGGUAUAAAGCCAGAGGAAAUCCCCUGUCGCAGCAAUUGGGAAUUUUAACUAACUAUGAGUUUUAAAGAUUACAUUAUUACAUUGAAGGAACAAGCCAGCGAGGCCGAUGUCGCAUCUGUCAAGAGCAAGGUUUCAGAGUUGGGCGGUACUAUCAAGAAUGAGUUCAGCUUGAUCAAGGGGUUCACUGCUUCGCUUCCUGUUAUCCACUUUGACUCGAUCAAGAAG